AAGGUGCAGUUCACUGUUUUCGUGGAGGGUCACAACUGCAGAUGCACGUGUCUGGACUUAUAAUGUAGACAAGCAAAGUGAAAUAAUUUCAGAUCUCUUGGUUAUUUACUUUUAUUUGUUUGCUUGUUUUAAUAACAGUGAAUCAAAUGUGAUUGCAGUCCACGUUCCUGUUCAUGGUCACUGGAAAUUUAAAAAUUGUCUGACCAUGACCACGUCUCCAAUAGUUUAUGUUUUGGCACUGGCUCUGAUUGCAGUCUCUCUGUGCCAGACUGGACACGACUCGGAAUGUCAAAGGCCAAUGGAUGGACACCCUGGGAAAUCAGGAAAAUGUCCACCAGGCUGUCACACUGUAGGAUCAUCAUCAAAAGAUACUAUCUGCAAGAAAUGUGGCCCAGAGACUUACAUAGAUGCAGACAGUGCACUAACAACAUGUCAUACUUGUAGAUCUUGUGAUGCUGGGACUAAUAAGAUUGUUAAGAGUGAAUGCACACCUCAGAAGAACCGAGUAUGUGGCUGCAAAGAUGGCUUUUACAGAACAUCCAACUCGGAGGAUGAUUUUUUCUGUAAGGAUUGUAAAAAGUGCACAAACUGCAGCUUGUGCCCUGAUUGUAAAGAUAAAUGCGAAAACGUGUCUUGCCAGCACGGCCAGUACUUGGAUUCGAAGGGGAAAUGCCAGCCAUGUCCCAAUAACCAAUGCAGUCACGAGUCCUGUAAGUCUUUCUGUAUAAAAGACGAGUCUGGAAAUUCGAGGUUGGAGCUUGUGAUCAUUCUGCCCAUUCUGCUGCUACUGCUGGUGCCUCCUGCUGUCCUCCUCAUUUGCUGGGCCUGUGGGAAGAGAAUGUCUUGCAGCUUGGUGUGUAAACAGAACAGAAUUUUACACACCGAACGUAAUGGAAUCCUACCACAUGUGCAAAUACCUGUUCAGCGUCAUGUACACGUUCAGAUGCCACCGAUCCUAAAUGUUGAACCUUCCCGAGAUACAGAGACAAGACAAGCACCAAGAUAUCACGACAUGGUCGAGGGCAACAUCGCAACUCCACUUAUUGGAAAUGGAGACUCAAAAGGAUGGAACAAGUACGAGGCGCAGAAAGAGACCUGGCCGGCUGCAAUGCUGUAUACCAUCAUCAAAGAGGUCCCCGUGCGGCGCUGGAAGGAGUUCUUGCGGCUGCUCUCGGUUUCUGAUGAUCAGAUGGAGAGAGUGGAGCUGGAGGCCGGACCCUCGUAUCUAGAGCGGCAGUACCAGAUGCUGAGACUGUGGAGCCAAAGGAGCGAGGUGGACCUGGAGAACAUCUACUCUACACUACACUACAUGGACCUGUCAGGCUGUGCCCAGGAACUGCAGAAGAAACUGCAGCAGCUACAGGAGGUUCUGAAGGUCGACAUGGGCACGACCUAAAUAGAUAAACCUGCAGUUACUGUUUUUCAGUUUCACUCCAGGUCCUGACCUCUCAAUGCUUAAGUGUUCUCAAGAGUGUACAUGUCCAAGGUUAAGUUUGGUUGAGUUUAUUGAACGGUUAACAGAAAGCACUGGACUUCAUUCAACAUGUGUCAGUUUACUAAGGAAGUUAAAUGAUGGCGACCCAAAUUAGUCACGGGUACAAUUAUUUUGUGUAAAUGACUUGAAAAACUACAGUGUACUGUAAGAGCAAAAUGACUAAGUAACAAUCCAGUGUAGCUCAUACUUUAUUUUUUAAAGAAAUCUUGAAUUAUAUUUUAAGGAAUGUCUGAAAUUGUAUAGUUAGUUGUGUUAGAUUAUAAUCACAUUUUGAUUGUAAUCAUGUUUCCAACAAUUAUAAGUUGCAUCACAGCGUAACUGAUGUAAGAACUAUGUAACAGUAUGUAACUACGGUACAUUAUACUUAACAUUAUUAUACUUAUGUAUGGAGUAACAUACAAUUAAAUCUAAAAGAGAUGGUAAGGGUGAAGCUGUGGAGGCACGCGCCUGGUAGUUGCCAGUCAUUUAUGAUAUUGCAGUGUUCCAGGUGUUAAUGUUUGUCCACAAAAUCCACAUAUUUCUGAAAUGAUUAAGAGUUACCAGGAUUAUGCAUCUGCCGCCACAGACGGUGAGCCGUGGGUGAAGUACAGUAUUUGACAUUUCAAAAAGUCAUGCCAGCACAUUUUGUGCUUAUACCACAAGUUGUCAUUCACAUUUCUUGUCUUGCCUUUUGUAUUUUUGUGUUUUUGUAUUGAUACUACAAGGUCCGGUUACAGCACACAGGCUGUGCUUUUAUUUUUAUUUGUCUGUAAUAGAACUGUUUGUGUCCAUGUAUAUUUGUGUGUGUGUGUAUGUGUGUGUGUGUGUGUGUGUAAGAGUGAACAAGGCUCAUAUCUACUUAGUGUACUCAAGUCCGCAGUGUCGGAGUCCCCAGGACACAUAAUGCAAAAGUCCCCACAUGAAGGACAGCUGUGGAUACUGGGCAGUGUGGUUACAGCUAGGAGCACGAAAGGAAAUCCCCACCCCUCCUUCUGUGAAGAUUAAUAUCAUGUACAUGAACCUUUGCUCUUCGUAGGCACAUUUCCCUCCGAGCUCACCACAAGAGCAGCGCAGGACGUCAGUGAAGCACGUAAACUGA